AUUGAAGCUGAGCUCGCUUUAUGGCUUGUUCGCGACAAAGCCUUGUUGGAACCUGUCGAAAGCAAUGGCUUACCUCUAGAGAAAGUGGCUUAUCAUAUGGAAUUGUUUGAAGCGUGCCAGGUUAGGCUCGAGGAAAUCAGAAAGAAAAUCCCGCAAGAACCUAUUCCGCAUGAAAAAGUUGCUUUAAUUACCGGAACGUCUUCUGUCGGGACAUUUGGAAAUUUCAGCAUGUUGCAGACGUCUAUCGAAAAUCCCUCCGAGUUGUUGUCCGCGCUUGAAAUUCUUUUAUGCUUUGUCAAGAGAAUGUCCACCGGUGACGGUGAUGUCCUUCUAAAUGAUUAUGUCAAGCAAUGGAUGAAGAUAGAAACGCUUGAGAAACAUGCGGAAAUGAAAAAGAUAUUGAAUGCAGGUUUAGAAUUAAAACACAUCGUUUCGCUAUACGAGUUGGUGGAAGACAGAGUAGACGAUAUACUUAUUGACUGUGUUGAUCCGAAAUACAAACGCGACAUGCCGGUUGAUAUACACGAUGAACUGAUGAACGCUUGCGAAUUUGAAGACACUGACGGUAGACUUGGGAAAAUUCCUGCUGCAGCUUUUGCAAAAGCCUUGAAGCGUUUUGCGUUGAGGAUGUUGUCUGUAAAACGGGUUGACGAGAAUUGGAAACUCAAUUUAUAUUUGAGUCAGAUGGACUUCUGGUCGGACGUAUCUGAAGAGAUUGUUGGAAAUUACUUUCCAGAAAACUUGCUUGUCGCUCAUAGUCAUUCGGCUUAUUGUGCGAUCAAAACGAAGAUGGAUAAAAUACGUUCUAAGCAGCAAUCUAUGGCCAGCUCAAACAACUGUCCUCUUAUGAAAUCACAUACCAGUAUUAAAGUGAAGAAAGCGCAGAGACAGAAGUUCAAUCAUGCAUAG